AUCGAGAUUUAGCAGGAGGGUAGGGGGAGGUCUAAGCUGGGCAAUUAGGAAAAGCAAUCUUUGCUCCCUGAGGUGGAUAGAGAGAGAGAGAGAGAGAGAGCGGUGAGUAUUAGCGCAGCGCAUGUCUCUUUAAAUGACGGGAGAGAGAGCAUGUGAAAGGGGGAGGGGUAGUUGGCUGCGUUGGAACAGUCCACCUCUAAUGAGCAGAUUUGAGAGACACCAGUGUAAGAGAGAGAGAGGGAGAGACAUUCAAGCAUAUGGGGGAAUAAGAUGAUGAUGAAGAAAAUGACCAUAAGCGUCACAUGAAAAUCAUUCCAACAACAUGAUUGAGUCAAGGAGGAACAGAAGAAGGUAAAUCAGGGACAAUGAAUCUGGUUUUCAAACCUGCAAGCAAAGCGGAGCACAGGAUUUUUAUACAGACCUGAAAAAAGAGCUGAGAGGAAAGCAGAGGAAACGACAAAACAGUGCCCAGAUAAGGAAUUAAUCACAUCAGUUUGUUUGCGAUCAAGCGGUACGCUCAUCCUGUGCUAGCGAGAGCGUGCGUAUAUAUGUAUGCAAUUGUGCGUGGAUAGAGACUGCAUUGCUGCUAGCUGACGGAGACUGAAGCUUGCAGAAUUCAUCGCUCUUUUUUCUCUUACACUCUUGUCUCCCUGUGUGGCAUCAUCAUGUCUGGUGUAUUUGGUAGAACAGUUAGUGAGCUCCUGGCAGAAAGGAUGCAAUUGUAAAUGCUACCUGCCUGCUUCAUUCAUCGGCCAUCACUCUGAGGACUCACAGGUUUCUAGGUGGAGCCUGGUGGUCUCAGCAACUGGGAGGGGAAGUGAAACAGCUCAAAGCCCCAGAGAGGGAGAGCGGGAGUGAGGGUAGGUGUGUUGGCACAGGGGCCCUCUGUGGAGGCAGGAACGAGGAGGGGGCCAGAGCACCAGAACCGAGAGAAUUGUCUCUGUGUUGCUAAUGACAGAACAAGGCGCAUGGCUGGCGUGGGCCCACUUUCAUCACUAAGAAGAAACUGCAGGAAAGCAACUUAUGAAUAAAAAGCUCCACUCCUGGAGAAGGAUGGUCUGAGAGGGCUCAAGCUGCUCCUGCCUAGUUUGACAGGAGAGGACUACUGCCCAGGGGGGCUCCUCAAUUUUUCUUUUAACUUUUUGCAUUUUUUAAAGCAAUUAAAAGGAGCAUAUACAGGUCUUUUCCUUUAUCCAGCUUUCCAACAACACCCUAGCCCCAUUUCCAAGUCUGAUUUUGUUUGGGUCUUUCAUCCUUUUCUUUUUCUUUUCUUUUUGAGAUUUGGGAUAUUUGCCAAAACCUAUUUCAUGCAUGUCCACUGGGGGCAGGUUCAACUUUGAUGAUGGGGGAUCAUACUGUGGAGGGUGGGAAGAGGGAAAGGCCCACGGCCAUGGCAUCUGCACAGGACCUAAGGGCCAAGGCGAGUACGCAGGCUCCUGGAGCCACGGUUUUGAGGUGGUGGGCAUCUAUACCUGGCCCAGUGGGAACACCUAUCAGGGGACUUGGGCACAAGGUAAACGCCAUGGCAUUGGAGUUGAAAACAAGGGCAAGUGGGUUUAUAAAGGUGAGUGGACACAUGGAUUUAAGGGACGCUACGGAGUGCGGGAAAGCACAGGAACCAGCGGCAAAUAUGAGGGUACAUGGAACAAUGGUCUACAGGAUGGAUAUGGAACAGAGACAUACUCUGAUGGAGGUACAUUCCAGGGCCAAUGGGUGGGCGGCAUGCGGCAUGGAUAUGGUGUACGACAAAGCGUUCCAUACGGCAUGGCAGCCAUCAUUCGUUCGCCUUUGCGUACCUCCAUAAACUCUCUACGCUCUGAGCACAGCAAUGGCACAGCUCUGCUGACUGGCGACCGGGCGCCUGUGGCUGGUAUGGGGGGUGGUGGUGUCCUAGCAGCGGGGAGCCCAGCCGUGUCCCGUGGAGGCUUCGUUCUGACGGCCCACAGCGAGGCAGAGCUAUUGAAAAACAAAAAGAAGGGCUUGUUCCGCCGCUCACUCCUGAGUGGUCUCAAGCUGCGAAAAUCCGAGUCCAAGAGCUCAUUAGCCAGCCAGCGGAGCAAGCAGAGUUCCUUCCGCAGUGAGGCCGGAAUGAGUACGGUGAGCUCCGCUGCAUCCGACAUCAACUCAACCAUUAGCUUAGGCGAAGGGGAGGGUGAGCUACCGGUAGGCGAGGAUGAUGUAGACGCCACUACAACAGAGAGUUAUGCAGGCGAAUGGAAGAACGACAAGAGGACAGGCUGCGGGGUAAGCCGGCGUUCGGACGGACUGCACUACCAGGGUGAGUGGUUGGGCAACAAGAGGCAUGGCUACGGAUGCACAACCUUUUCUGAUGGCACCAAAGAGGAGGGCAAAUACAAACAGAAUGUUCUUGUCAGUGGCAAACGCAAGAACCUCAUCCCACUACGUGCCAGCAAGAUCCGCGAGAAAGUGGACAGGGCGGUUGAGGCAGCAGAUAAGGCUGCUGACAUAUCGAAGCAGAAGGCAGAAAUCGCACUCUCAAGGACAGUUCACGCCAGAGGGAAAGCUGAUUCCGCAAUGACAGCAGCACAGAAGGCCCAGGAAGAAUGCAGGCUGGCCCGGAUCACCGCCAAAGAGUUCUCCCCCUCUUUUCAGCACCGAGGAAACAGAGUGGAGUGCCAGCGACCCAAACAGCAGAACUCAAGCGAGAACGACAUGGAAGUCAUCUCCAGUGGGACCGCGGAUAGUACUGAGCUCUAUAUGAAGGGAUCCACACCUCCAGAACUUACCCCAGACAUAAGCCCCACUCCCAGCAGACCCUCCACACCUCCCCGAAGCCCAACCACCAAAUCUUCCAAUCGCACCAAAAAUGCCCGCUUUCUACGACAGACUGCAGUGGAUGAUGAGCGUGGAGGAACGCAAGAGAUUCAGGUGCUUAUGGAGGGAAGAGGUGGUGGUGGUUCGAGUGGAGGUGGAGAGUACCUGAGGGCUAACAGUUGGAGCGAGGACAAGCGUCCCUCCCGUGGGGGCAGUAGUAGAGGUGGUAGUCGGGGCAGCAGCCGCUCCACAACUCCUUCAGUGCAGGACGAGGUACGGGUUGGGGCGGCACGGGCCAAUGGCCACAAGCACUCUUCAAAUCAUAAGCCUCGAGACCACAGCUCAUCCAAUCACAAAACCCAGCGGGAAAGGAGGCCAGACGGACCCUCAUCUUCUUGGACAUCUCAGCGGGUACACAGCGACAGUUUGGCUCAUUCACGUCUCUUAGAGCAGGAUGAGGAAAAACUGAGCAAUUAUGAAAUGGAGAUGAGGCCGUUGCAGCCAAUGGACUCCCAUAACUCUCAAAAGCCCUAUGGGCAUGGGGAAGAGUGGCACAGUCACUCAGAGUCCCGUGGACAUACAUUACAGCGACGGGGUAAAAAUCGUGACCGGAAGCAGGAUGUCCGGGACACCUCAGGGCCCAGGGAUGACCAGGAGGGGCCGUCUCCGGACUCAAUGCAAAAGUUGGACAAUCUACGAGUGGGGGAAAAGCUAGAGGCUCGGCCUCUUCGCAGGGACCUCACACUCUCACCCCCACAAAAAUCUCCACCUAUUGCACUAGAGCAAGAUAACGAGAAUCAGUCUCAGCUCAAAGUGAACUCGGGCUCCAACUCUAUUCUGGUAGUCAUGGUGAUUUUGCUCAACAUUGGAGUCGCCAUUUUGUUUGUCCAUUUUUUUAUUUAAACUCUGCAUUGCCUAUCAAUUCUUCUUGUCCAGCUACACUAUUAUCAAAUCAAUACUAGUGUCAUCACAACUGAUCUGGUCCCGGACCAUUUUUUUUUUUUUUUUAUAAACAAAUGACCAAUGUACUUCUAUUGAAGUUACAGCACGUCAAUACGAGGACUGAGGAAGGCAACAACAAAACUGGGCUCAGCAGUUCUGUCUGCUUUUCUGUCUCCAAAGAGCUCGUUUUGAUUUCUUAAUUUCUUCUUAUUAUUUUUUUUUAUCUGAAAUAGUUACAAGCAUCCUUUUGAACAUCUAGUUUUAUCCUAUGUAUUCAUUCACUCAUUAAUGCUGUUAUAAAUAUAUAUACUUGUUUCUCUUUUUUAUUUCAUAUUUCUUACUUGCCUUUUCUUGACAAUGCUGGUGGCUUUUUUCAGUUUUCAUUUGGGUUUGGUUUGUAUUUGGGUGUUGGAGUAAUUUGAACUGUGGCUUUGGUGAGGGAGGGUGUGCAAGGUAGCGUAAGGGUGAAGGGCGACCACCAUCGACAUCUUUUUGGGUGACGGCAGCAUUACACAGCUAUGACGUCAACAGGUUCAAAGUGAUGGGAAACGGCCCCUGUCUAACCCCACCUGCCUCCCUCGCGCACCUCUCCUAAGCAUUGCUUAUGUUUCUCCAUGUUCUUGUUUUUAUCACUCUUUGGAAUAACACGUCAAGCGCUCCUCUCAUUUCCUGUACACCUCCAUUUUUCUUCUGUGUGGUAUGUCAACUACCAGCAGACUCCAGAAUGUCAUGGUGGGCCUGAAAUGAGAAUUAAAGUCACUUUGUAAUUACAAUGGACCUUAAAUGAGUCUACAUAGCUUUUUGAUGUAUAAACACCUUCGAAUUUGCCUAAAAAUGUUGCAUAUGUUGAAAAGAAGUCUGCUAAACAAGCACAACCACUCCAAAUUUGGUUAGUUAAAGUUCAAGUCUGGUAAUCACAAAGGCACAGCGCCACCAGCGUUUCAGCAUCUGCAACAUUUGUACUCGGGCGAAUCUGACCCAGAUGCAUUUGGAAAAAUUCCCAGAUGCAAAAGUUCUACGAUCUGAAAGGGCUUUAUCAUUAAUCUUGCUCCAAAUGAAACCUUUUUUUGUUCCUCAGCAGAAUAAA